AUGGUUUUCCAUGAGAGCCAAAAGGUUGGGGUCAUCGUCAUGCUAACUCAGAUCUUUGAAGCCGGCCGCGAUAAAUGCGCCCAGUAUUUCCCAGUGCACCUAGAGGCUUCGAUGAUCCUGACUGAGGAAGAGCCGGAUAUCGAAGAUGUCCCAGUUGGGGUGGAAAGAUCCAACAUCCAUCGUAAUGAUCAUGAUGAUGAAGAGAAUAAUAUCCAUCACCGCUCAGGUAUUCCAACGAAUGAAAAGGAUCAUAUCUAUGCCGGCAAAACAUCCGAUGACAACAACUUUUCCGCAAACCAUGCCAACAUCCAAGAAGGAGGUUGUCUCAAUAUCGGCAAGGUCACACUGUUGGAAUCAAGCUUUGACUACGAAUCGCAAUCCGAGGUCCGGCGUUUUGAACUGACCAUCGGUUCAGAGUCUAAAAUUGUGUGGCACUUCCUUUUCGCGGGUUGGGCUGAGAAUGAUCCAAUUGGGUUAGAUUACGAGGCACUUGUCGAAUUGAUUCGACUCUCUGCGUCUAAGUGCGCCCCGGACAACCCACUUGUGGUGCACUGCAGUGCUGGCGUUGGCCGGACAGGGACCUUCAUUGCACUCGACCAUCUGUUGGGUGAACUUGAAUCGGGACAUCUGCUGCAUGCUUUUGAUCCAGAAACGGACCCGAUUUUUGAAACAGUCAACCGGAUGCGCGAACAGCGCAUGAUGAUGGUCUACAACGAUGCGCAAAUGCAGAUUAUCUACCAUGUUCUUCGGGAGCAAGCCCAGCGGAAGUUGGGCACAUUACCAACAACGGAUGAGAAUGUGUAUAUUGAAUGA